AUGCACAAAGAAAAAGAGGCUCUUCAAAAGGCGAUCAUUAGGUGUCAUCAAGUUCGACAGAUUACAGAAGAAAAAAGGACAUUGGAUGAGCUGUUGGAAAGUAGAGAAAGUCUAGAAAAGAUAAACGAAAAGAAAAUGGAGGACGAGAUUGUCGAAAUCAACGGGGAUGAGACGAAUGAUGAUAGAGCCAUCGAUGAAUUCGGUGCUUUUGCCGAGAUGAACGGAACCGCUUUCCCAGAUUUGUCGAAUUUUAUCGAUGAAUGGACACGGAAUGAGACACAGAAUUUUCAAAAUUUUGAAGAAAAGGAAACGAAUGGAAAUCCAGAUGAAAUGGACAUUUGGAAGCGAUCGAGUAUUGAUGAAGAGACUGAUGACUCUAAUUUAAUGCUUCCAUCAACGUCAAAAAUGUUAAACGAUAUUGCGAAACAAUUCGUGGAAAGUGAUCAAAUGCGUCAAAUAAGGGAAAACAAAGGAAAUCAACAAAAUCAUUAUCGAGUCACGAGAAAAACUCAUCUAAAAUGUGAAUUUCAAAAAUGCAAUGCUUUAAUCGCUUGUGGAACGAAUCCUUACAACACUCUCGUCCAUGUGAACACUCAUUUGACUCAAAUGAACUAUAAAUGCUCAGAAUGUGGAGCAGAGUUUCGAGCUCUUAAAUCUCUCAAAUACCAUCAGAAAGCCACUCACGAUGGACAGGGAACACCCAUUGAUUUACAAUCUCCCGAAAUGGUGAAAGAAAUUGGUCGAAUCGCUUCGGAAUGUUUCCCCGAAUUGUCGGCUCUCUACGAAAAAUGGGUGAUCGCGCGGAUGAAACGAUUGGGUUUUUGGAAAGAUUAUCACAAUUUAAGAAGAAAUUUCGUCGAUAAUCAUCCAAAACAGAGAUUGAGAGAAAGAAAUGGAUUAGAUGAUGAGAUCAAUGGAGAAAGUGGGGAUGGGUCGGUUUUCGACGUUGAUGGGGACGAGUCGCCAAAUGCAAUGGCUUCGACAAGCGAUCUCUCGAGUUUAUUUGGUUUCAACGAAGAACCACGGGCUUUGAUCAAUAAUAAGAGGCAUAUGCAAGACUCUCAAGAAGAUUUAUCACCGAAAAAGCUAAAGCUCGAAGAUCAAUUCUCACCACUUCCCAUCGACAUUUUUCACUUUCAGAAUCAGCUCAAUGAUCUACAAAGCAAUUUCGUUUUUGCGACUCCAAAAGCUCCAGCGAGAGUUCGAACAGCAACAAAUGUUAACUCAAGACUGAUUUGUGAGCUCUGUAAUCGAGCUUAUUCCGUGCUUGGCAAUCCGUACAACACUUUUCGACACAUCGAAUACACACAUAUGGAUAUGAAAGCUUAUGGGUGCUCGAUGUGUGAUUUUCAGAACCCGGAAAAGCCGCGUAUAGAAGCUCACUUGAAAAUGGCACACAAUGGAAAUGGCACAAUCGUUGAUCAACAAAAUCCUGAAUUUGUAUUGAAAGUCACUGAGCUGGCGAAAGCUUGUUUCCCAUCAUUAAGCGAUUAUUUUGAAGUGGCGAAGAAAAAUCGAAUCGAGAAAUAUAUGAGAGCAAAAGCUGGCGAUGAGAGACCGAUGAGGAGGGCUAACCCAUUCUCGCCAAAAGUCGCCUCAAGCCAAAGCGAUUCGUCCAUUGAUCCAAAUCUACAGAAAUUAUUCGCCCAAGAUUCGGAAUUCGAUUUCGGAGAGACAUCCAGGGAUUCAAAUGAUUUCAUUUCACCACAAAUGGAAGAGUUUUUCUGUGAGAUCUGUCAAAACGUUUUCUUUUUCCCAAAAGAGCGUGUGUGUGCGGCGGCUGCAAAACACGCUGCUCAACAUAUCAAAUCGAAAAGAUACUCUUGUUCCUCGUGCUCGUUUCUCUCACGCAGAAAAAGCGCUUUCCACCCGCACAUCCGAGAGAUGCAUCAAGGAAACGCGAAAAUGAUUGAUAAAAUGAAUCCAACACUUUUCACUGAAUUGAACAACACUGCUCGGAAAUGUUUCCCUGAAUUGGGGAAAAAGCUUGAGAGAUGCGCGGCUGAUGGAACUUUUCACGGGAAAGCUAAUCAGAAAGAUCAUUCGAUGAGAUACGCUCGAAUGGAUUGGGAAGAUUCGGAUGACGAUGAGGAAAUGGUGGAAAGAGUUGGGCAACCAUUGUGCCAAAUAUGCGAAAAACGAUCACUGACAAGUAAACCGUCAAUUCUUUUCGACCAUGCGAUUUCUCAUUGUAAAGAGAAGCGAUUCCAAUGUACAGAAUGUCCUCAAUCUUUCUCAAAUUUCUCCGAUUUCGAUGUUCAUCCACAUCAAAACAAUACCGAUAAUCUAACAAAACGAUUGAGUUUAAAAUGGUUGGAGAAAGCGAUGGAAUGUUUUUCAGAGAAUAAAGUGUCAAUUAAAGAGUUCUACGAUCGAAAAUAUACCGAAGAGAAUAUAAUGAUAAUGGUGGGAAAUUUUGAUGAGAAUGGAUCACGAUCUUCAAAUGAUGGGGAAAUUUUGCCUGGAGUCGCCAAGUGUGAGAAUUGCUCUACUGAAGUAAACCUUUUAAAGGGUGUUUCGAGUUUUUUCAGUCAUGCAGCCACUCAUCUCCUCACAAUGCAAUACAAGUGCUCUGAAUGUGAUUGCUCAAAGACUGAUAAAGAAACGAUGGUGAAUCACAUUCAAAGUGAGCACAAUGGAUGCGGAGAGCCGAUUGAUGCUAUUGAUGAUGAUGAAUCGUUGGAAGAAACAGCGAAGAAAUGUUUCCCGAAAUAUCAAAAUUUAAUUGAAACGACUGCGCUGAGGAAAAGGAUGAGAAUGGGAACGAAUGAAGAUGAUCAGGAUAAAGCACCGAUGGAAUUGUGCCGUGUUUGUGGGAAUUCGAUUCGUCCAAGCACAAAUCCAAAACUACAAGUCACUGAGCACGGUUUUCUCAAUCAUGUUCGAACACAUUUAGAGAAAAAACAAUAUUGUUGCUCGAUUUGUGGCAUGGAAAUUGCGUUGCGAACGAAUUGCAGUAAACAUGUGAACUCACAACAUGGGAAGAAAGGACAAGUUGUCGAUAGAAUGGACGAAGAAUUCAUCGAUCUUUUGGUGAAUUCCUCCAAGAAAUGUUUCCCCAUGCACGCAAAACUCUUCGAUAAUUUCAAAGAAAGAAUGCUUCGUGGAUUCGCCGGUGAUCAACAAAUGAGAAAUUCACAGGAUGGAGACUCAUUCGAGCAAAUGGCUUUAAGAUACGAAAUGGAAAAUCAAAUGCUCCAAGGAUUUAUCAAACAAGAGCCACAAGACUACGAAAUGAGCUCCGGCUACACUCGAUCACCAUCGAAUUCCUGGCCAACUCCAAUGGAUCCACACCCAAGUCAACUCCAUCAAAUGGCUCACCACUUCACGAAUGAAGAGAGUUUUGUACAACAGCGUCCCAGUGAAAUCGAAACACUCAGAAUACAGCUGAAAGAAAGAAAUUCCGAGAUAAGACGAUUGUUUUUGGCUUUAGAUGAAGCGCAGAAGAUCUCUGCUCAAAAACCGAAUACAGAAGAAUUAGAAGCAUUAAAAGCUCAAUUAAAAGCAUCACAAAUGAGAGAAAAUGAGCAGAAAAGAGAGAUUGAUCAGCUGAGAAAUCAGAAGGCAAAGCUCUACGAAAUGAUCGGCAAGAAUCAAGAGGAUUUAGAGGCAAGUCGAGAAGAGAUCACUCGUCUUCAGCGACUCGUCGAACAACCCCGCUCCAGUCGAACUCAUCCAGUU